CCAUGUGCGAAUGUUUUCUUCGUGAGCCAUGUCGGCGUGGAAGGCGCCUCCUCCUUCUCCUCAUCCUCCUUCUCCUCAUCAUCCUCAUCAUCUGGCCGGAGCGCUGUGCGGCGUGGCGCACGCCAUGGCGUCGUGCACCAACGGCGCGGGGAUCGCCAACUCGUUCCUCGUCGACUCGCUCAUCGGCGCGGGUCGAGCCGGGGAGGUUUACUACGGUGCUGGUGCUGCUGGUGGUGGUGGCGCUGGUGGUGGUGUAGCAACAGCAGCAGCAGCAGGAGGAUUAGGAAGCGGACUCUAUAUGGCCCACGGCGCCGGUCACCUGCAGGUUGGUUACGGAUCCGCGCAAAAUUGUGGCCUCGUGCAAGCGCUGUCGAAGCGUCACGAUGUUCCACAGCACGCGCACGGUCUGCAUCAUCAUCAUCAUCACCACCAUCAUCCUCAUCAUCAUCACCAGCAGCAGCAACACCACCACCACCACCACGGCCACCAGCACCACCACCAGCAGCAGCAGCAACAACAGCAUCACCCGCAGCAUCAGCAGCAUCAGCAGACGGGCUCGCUGCACCCUCACGCGUACGCGAGCGCAGCCAGCGACGGCUGCUCCUGGGUAGAGUCGAGCCGCGCGUGCGGUCAGCUCCAGGAGGCCUCGCAAGGGCCCUGCUCCUUCUCGCACGCCAUCAAGGAGGAGGCCGCCUACUGCGGCGGCGGCGGCGGCGGCAAGGGCGAGACGGACUUCGCGCGCUCGCUCGCCUCGGAGCCCGCGGCCGCUGCGGCGGAAAGCGCCGGAGUGCCCGUGCCGGGAUACUUCUACCUGGGCCAAGCGUACAGACCGUCGAGGGACUCCUUCGGGCUUUUGCAGCACGACGAGGAAGAGGACGCGGCGGCUGCGGCUGCUCCCUCGUCCGCGGUGGCGGCGGCGCCUUCGCCCGCGGGGAAGUCGGCGGCCGAGGAGGAGGAGGAGGAGGGGGAGCGGGAAGAGUCGGCGGGCGACGGAGCGAGUCGGGAGGCCCAGCAACCGGACAACGCGGCGGCGGCUGCGGCGGUCGAGGUGGCGGCGUCACCCGGACUCAUCAUGGUCGAAGCGGACGGGAGAUCGGGGAGCAAGGAUGCGGGAGAGGAAACACCCAGAGCUCCCAUCAUCAGCAUCAACAACAACAGCAGCAGCAGCAGCACCACCACCAGCAACAACAACGGUAACUGGAUGACGGCCAAGAGUGGACGCAAGAAGCGCUGCCCCUACACCAAGUACCAGACGCUGGAGCUCGAGAAGGAGUUCCUCUUCAACAUGUACCUGACGCGCGAGCGGCGUCUCGAGAUCAGCCGCGGGGUCAACCUCACCGACCGCCAGGUCAAGAUCUGGUUCCAGAACCGGCGGAUGAAGCUCAAGAAGUUGAGCCGAGAGAGUCGCAUCCGUGAGCUGUCUUCCGGAUUCAGCUUUUCCUAGUCGCCAGUGUUAAUGUGUGUGGUGAUAACACUGAUGAUGAUGAUAAUUAUUAUUAAGAUGUUGUUACGAUUGGUGAUGUGUAUGAAUUGUGUCGGAGACAGCUGCGUAAUGGCGUGAAGACAAGUCUGGUAGAGUUCCGAUUUUUUGUCUGAACAAAAUAAAAUCACACGGUAAAUAUAUUAUUUCAGUCUACCAUGAUAAAAUCCAAACACAAGCUCACGGACAAUUUGAUUUUUAAUAUUAUUAUCUUCAUUUCCCCUCUUCAAAGGAACGCAUAUUGCUGAUGUCAUUGUUUUAUUGCAGUAUUUCGAGGAGUGACUGUGUGAUGAUGGUGGUGGCGACGGUGAUUGUCGGAAAACUCCGCGUGUGGUUCAUGAUCACGUGCACACGAAGACUCUGUGACGUUGCGUUGGUUCUUGGGGGUGAAAAAAAGCAACCUCAACAACACGAAGUGUCAAUGCAAACACGAGGCAGAAGAGACCCCGCUGUAUAUUUAUAAUUAUAGACUUGUGCCGUUGCGUGACGUUUAAUGUAACGGUCGGACCCUCUGUAAAUGUCGUUAUCUCUCGUUGAUCUUGUUUUAAUAAUAUAAUUCUAUGUGCA